ACUCCAGCUCACUUCCGGACUGAAGAGAGGAAGAGAGGAAAAGUUGCCCCUCGGGAGUGAAAAAAGUUUUAUCUUUCGAUUAAUUCCUUGAAAACUAGAAACGCAGCAUCGUUAAAUCUCAUCUGCGUUUAUCGGAGCAUAAAGAAGGUCGCGGUGCUGUAGUGAUCGGUGUGAAUGUUCGGGAUGUCAACCAACAAUGUGUCGUAUAACGAGCAGGGCUCGCUGGAGUCCGGGGUGGACGCUGCGCACGAGAACAGCAGCAUCCCCGCGAGCGUCAGCGGAGGACUCUUCAGCGCCGACUACAAGAAGAAUGAGGAUCUGAAGGAGAUGCUGGAAAGCAACAAAGAUUCUCAGAAGCUGGAGGCAAUGAAGAGGAUUGUGGGGUUGAUUGCCAAGGGAAAGAAUGCAUCUGAACUCUUCCCAGCGGUGGUGAAGAAUGUUGCAAGCAAAAACAUUGAGCUGAAGAAGCUGGUGUAUGUGUACCUCGUCCGGUACGCAGAGGAACAGCAGGAUCUCGCCCUCCUGUCAAUCAGCACCUUUCAGCGGGCGCUCAAGGAUCCCAAUCAGCUGAUCCGAGCGAGCGCUCUCAGGGUCCUGUCCAGCAUCAGAGUUCCCAUCAUCGUCCCCAUCAUGAUGCUGUCCAUCAAAGAAGCAUCCACUGACCUUUCACCUUACGUGCGGAAAACCGCCGCUCAUGCCAUUCAGAAACUCUACAGUCUGGACCCAGAUCAGAAAGAGCAUCUGAUCGAAGUGAUUGAGAAACUCCUGAAAGACAAAAGCACGCUGGUUGCUGGCAGCGUGGUGAUGGCGUUUGAGGAGGUCUGUCCGGAGCGGAUCGACCUGAUCCAUAAGAACUAUCGCAAGCUGUGUAACCUGCUGGUGGACGUGGAGGAGUGGGGUCAGGUGGUCAUCAUACACAUGCUGACCAGAUACGCCAGGACGCAGUUUGUCAGCCCGUGGAGAGAGGACGCUGUGUUUGACGAGAACAGUGAGAAAGCGUUUUAUGAUUCAGAGGAGGAGAGGAAAGUGGAGCAGGUCAAACCGUACAUCAUGGAUCCAGACCACAGACUCCUGCUCAGAAACACUAAACCACUGUUCCAGAGCAGAAACACUGCAGUUGUGAUGGCAGUAUCUCAGCUCUACUGGCAUUUGGCUCCUAAACAUGAACUUAACAUCAUCGCCAAGUCUCUGGUGAGGCUUUUGAGGAGCCACAGGGAAGUUCAGUUCAUUGUGUUGCAGAACAUCGCCACCAUGUCCAUUCAGAGGAAGGGAAUGUUUGAGCCCUUCAUGAAGAGCUUCUAUGUGAGGUCUACAGAUGCCACGCACAUCAAAAUACUCAAGCUGGAGAUUUUGACUAACCUGGCUAAUGAAGCAAACAUCUCCACCAUACUGAGAGAAUUCCAGACGUAUGUGAAGAGUCAGGAUAAGGCGUUUGCGGCAGCCACCAUCCAGGCCAUCGGCCGUUGUGCCACUGACAUCUCUGAAGUGACCGACACCUGCCUCAACGGCCUGGUCCUGCUGCUGUCCAACAGAGACGAGACUGUUGUCGCAGAGAGCGUCGUAGUCAUCAAGAAACUUCUGCAAACACAGCCGUCACAGCACAGUGACAUCAUCAAACACAUGGCCAAACUCUUCGACAACAUCACUGUCUCGAUGGCGAGGGCCAGCAUCCUGUGGCUGAUGGGCGAAUACUGUGAGCACGUGCCUAAAAUCGCCCCCGACGUUCUACGAAAGAUGGCCAAGACCUUCACCAGCGAGGAGGACAUUGUCAAACUUCAGACGGUCAACCUUGCUGCCAAACUCUACUUGACCAAUUCCAAACAGACUAAACUGCUGACUCAAUACAUUUUGAACUUGGGCAAGUAUGAUCAGAACUAUGACAUCAGAGACCGAACACGGUUUAUUCGCCAGCUGAUCGUCCCAAACGAGAAGAGCGGAGCCCUGAGCAAAUACGCUCGCCGCAUCCUGAUGGCGCCCAAACCGGCUCCUGUCCUGCAGUCUGCCUUCAAAGAUCGAGACCGGUUUCAGCUUGGCACGCUCUCUCAUACGCUUAAUUCCCAGGCCAUUGGAUACCUGGAGCUUUCUGAUUGGCCGGCUGUCGCUCCUGACCAAUCAGUGAGAAUUGUUGAGGUAGUAGAACCGGUGAAAGAGACCGGAGCACCAGUGCAUGGUAAAUCCAAAUCUGGCAAAUCCAGUGAGAAGUUUUACUCUGAUUCUGAGGAGGAGGAGGAAGAGGAGGAAGAGGGAAGCAGUAGUGAGGACAGCAGCAGCAGCAGUGAAGAAUCAGAAAGCGAAUCUGAGAGUGAGGAGAACAGCGAUGAUUCGAAUAAGAGCAGCUCCAGUCAAUCAGACUCAGAAAAGAAGAAGAAAACUCUAAAAAACAAAAAACUACAACAGCAGAAACCGGACGGCAAAGACAGGAAGCAGAAGAAUGGGAAUGCUGUAAAGGGUGAAUCCAGAUCCGAAAGUGAAUCAGCCUCUGAGAGUUCCUCGUCUGAGAGUUCAUCUGAAUCCGGAUCGGAGUUAGAUUCAGAUUCAGACUCGGACUCGGGGACGGACCAGAAGAAAAACACUAGGUCUAAACCUGUGCAGUCUACACUAGUCACAAAGCAGGUUGAGAAAAAGGAAGUGUCUCUACUUGAUCUGGAUGACUUCUCUCCCGCGGCGGUCCCCUCACCCAAGAGCUCCAUCCUGUCUCCCAGUCUGCUGUCUGACCUGCAAGGGCUCUCGAUCUCACCCACCCAAUCGGCCUUACAGGCGAGUUCUCCCGUGUUUGUGCCGGAAACCUCCCAUGAGCUGCUCCACAGGAUGACGGGUAAAGGUUUGUCCGCCCAGUACCGCUUCACCCGGCAGCCCUGUAUCUAUGGCAACAGCAUGGUAUCCCUGCAGCUGACGCUAAGCAACAGUAGUGACCAAGCCCUGGAGAACAUCCACAUCUCUGAGAAGAGUUCAACUGGACUAAACAUCCACCGCUUUAAUGCUAUCGAGCGUUUGGAGCCGCAGGCGUCAGUAACCGUGUCCAUGGGUGUUGACUUCAAUGACUCCACACAAGCUGCAAACUUCCAGCUGUGUACUAAAGAAGAUGAAUUCAGUGUGUCCAUCCAGCCUGCGGUAGGAGAGCUGCUGCUGCCCAUCACCGUGAGUGAAGCAGACUUCAGCAAAGAGCAGGGUAAACUGUUGGGCAUGAACGAGUCAUCGGCAACAAUUACCAUGACGCCAGAGAACGUCUCCAGCCAAUCAGUGAACAGAAAGGUGGUGUCUGUCGCCAACCUAGGUGUGAUCCCGUCCAGUCAGGAGAACAUACACAGGUUUGCAGGUAAGACGGUGAGUUCUGGAUGUCUGGUCCUGGUGUCGGUGGCCCUGAAGGAUCCUGACGCGGUGAUCACCAUCAACACUGAGAGAACCGUGAUGGGCUCUAUGCUCCUGCGACAGCUGAAAACAGCCCUGACCAACAGCGACCCCUAGAUAGACAUCAAUCCCACGGUCACCUGUUCACAUGUUCAGGCACGGACAAAUGCUGUAUUCAGAUAGAGCUCACUCUGGGUUAUACUGACACUUGGGAGGAUGUGUAUCGUUUUAAGAAGAUGACGGAAAGAUGGCUUCAUAUCUGUUCUCCUUUAUCCCCAAAAAUAAGUCUCCGCUUUCGUUACCGGAUCAUCAAUGUUCUCUGCUAAUCCGUGAGAUUUAAAUGUAUUCAGAAAGGCUUUUCAAGCACAACGCUGACAGUUUUUAUUUGUGGUUAUGAUUUUGAUACACUUCCCAGAUGACAUGAUGCUGAUAUGUGCUGCUUUCAAUCCUAUGUGAAGUGCCUUUCUUAAAAUGAUUGUACCUUACAGAAGUUACAUUUGCUUAAAAUUACAGUGAUUAAAAAAUAUAUAUAUAUAUAUAUAUAUAUGUGGACUCUGA